CUGGUCCAGUUGCUCCUGGCCCUGUUAAACGGGGAGGUGAUCCAGGAUGGAGAGUGAUCCUGGGCAUACAGGGAUCCAGCACAGCUGGAGGUCCAGGAUGGAUGUGAUCCGGGAUGGGGGAUGAACCAGAGUGUCCAAAAUUCUGGGCAAAGGGACAGGAGUUGAACAAGAGGUGGGUGGCCAGGGACUGCUUGGGAGAAGCAGAAAGGGACUGGCUCUGGGGGCUCUUCUCAGUGGGAAGGCUGGCUCUGGGGGUGCAGGGACCCCUCCUGGAGCUGUGGGUUUCAAGGCUGUGGGGUCUGGGGAUAUAAGACCCCUCCCGGGAGUACAGGACCCGCCUGAGGGCUGUGGGUUUCCGGAGUGCCGGCUCUGUGGGUGCAGGACUCCUCCACACAUUCCCAGUCUCACAAGUACUGUCUCUGGGGGUACAAGAACCCCACCUGGGGUACCAGAACCCCUUCUGGGUUGCAGGUCUCUGAGCUGCUGGGUGUGGGGGUGCAGGACACCUCCUGGGAACCGGGAUCCUUCCUGGGGGUGCAAGUUUCAGGGAUGCUGGGAGCGCAGGACCCCUCCUAGUGGUGCAGCCUUCCCCUGACAUGGAAUCAUGCUCGGUCGGGCCCGGGUGCUGACGGGUGUCCUGCGGGAGCAGGAAGCCGGGGUGCGGCGGGUGCCACCCAGCCACCGCUCCCAUCCAAAGUUGAGCAGCGAGAGGAGCCGCCUGCGCCCGGCACUGCCGUGGGGUCUGCCUCCCUGCUGGGGGCUCGAUGGCUCCAGUGCUGGCAGUGGGGUCAGCAGCCACAGUGGCCUGGGGUUUGGCCACCACUGGCUUCUUGCUGCUGCUCCUGCUCCUCCUCUGCUCCUUCUUCCACAGGACAAACCGGCCAUCUUCCACCCAGAAAACAAAAGAAAACCCUGAGUCUGUCCAAGGGGUGAAGCUGGCAAGGCUGAGCUCCAGCGACAGGGGAGCAGCGCUGCCAGGAGGCACCCCCUCUCCUGGUGAGUUGCAGGAUAAACCCACAGGAGGAGAUCCCAGGCUGCAUGUGCUGGGCUGCAUACCCAAUUCCCACACACUCUUCGAACCAGCCUUGAGGACUCCAGAGUUUCUGCGGCACCGGGAGCUGCCGGUUCUGCCGGGGGAUACCAGCACAACCAUGGUGGAUCCUAUGCCAGAUCCCGAUGGACGAAUCUAUGAAAGCAUCCGGUACAAAUCUGGGAUACAGAAAAAGCCUGGGAAUGCUGGCAGCACCCCAGGGGACUCCCCAUCUCUGUCCACCAAGGAUGAGCCGAGCAUCUCCAUGCAGGAGAUCAUCACUCAGGAGGAGCCAGGCAGCGAGGGGAGCCCCGUCCCUGUGUAUGCCCGGGUGUGCAAACAGCGCCGGCAGCCUGCCAGGCCCCCUGAGCCCCACGAAGAAGAAGAAGAAGCUCCAUCACUGCCGGAAAAGCGCUUUGAUGUGGGAUAGGAUACCCCAGAGAUGGUUUGGAUCUGCCUCAAGCCCAGCCUGUUCAUACAAGCUUGAUGGAGGGUUUUCCUGUCUGCAGACAGCAGCCAUGGAGAGCUGCCUGCUCCCUCCCCAGAUCUGACAUUAAGCAUAGAUGGCCCAGGUUAUCUCUUGCCAUCCAGCAUGGGUGUCCCUGUGUGCCUCUCCAGGGCAUCCCCAUUGCCCAUUGACUUGUGGGGAGCGGGUUGUGGGUGACCCCCACAUGUGGUUGACUGAAGAAAAACCACAGAAGAAAAAUGUGUGAUUAUUUUUGGAGAAGGUCCAAAAAGAAUCCAAAAAUGAAUACGGUGUUUGGGGGGGUUGAUCAAGUCUGAGCCAGCAGUGUGCCAGCAAUGGCACCCUGCCUUGUGUCAGCAAUAGUGUGGCCAGCAGGAUGGAGGCAGUGAUUAUUCCCCUUUACUCAGCACAGGUGAGGCUGCACCUCAAAUCCUGUGCUGAUUUCUGGGC